AGCCCAGCAACGUGAUCUCCAUACUGAUCUCCUCUGAGUUCUUGAGGAUGGAGCCGUUGGUAGACGAGUGCAUCCUGUACUGCCACAAACACAUGAGUGCCAUCGUUGCAACGCCCUGCAACAUGAACUGCAUCAACAGCAACCUGACAACGCGCAUCGCUGAACUCUUCAACCACAACGAGGCUGAUGACAUUCGUGAUAAAAAAGAUAAAUUUAAGAGCAAACUGUUUCAGAAGAAAAUUGAGCGUCUAUUUGAUACAAAUUACCAGAACAAGGACUCCCCUGGAAAUGCUUCAACUCUCUACAAGUGUGGUCUGUGCCUUAAGCUGCUGACCAAAGAAACAGAGAGGAAGAUCUCCUGUGUUCCUGGAAAAAUCAACAUCGAUGUUCGAGGAGAAAUCAUCUAUACACACAUCAGACAGAAAAGCUGGAAUGUACAUGAUUACAUCAUGAGCCUCUAUGAGCUGCUGAAGUCCUGGGUCCUUGUUUACUGGAAUAUCUGGGGUACCAUCAACACUCUGACCUGCUCCAGAUGCCAGCAGGUGUUUGUAUGUGCAGAGCUGACCUGCUGCAGAUACCAUCCAGACAGCGUGCUGUACCCUGGGAUGAGCACCGAGAAAGGCUGGUAUGGUGCAGGAAUAUAUCCUUGCUGCAACCAGAGAGUUCUCCGCUUCGAUCCCACUGGGAUACCAAAGGGCUGUAAGGUACGAGACCACAUAGUUAGAGUCCCUGAAGAAGAAAACUGUGAUGAGGUGACUUCAGUCCAGACCCAAGUCCUGAACGACUUGCUACUGCACAGAGACGCUGUGUGUUUGUCCAACGCCCCGCCUGGAAACAGGACUGAGGAGAGUGUGUUCACUGCAGAACAGGUCCAGGACUGGGACUCUUUGUUAGAACCGACCUUGCUCAAACCUCUGAGAGGGGACGGAACCAACUUUUUUCUUUUUAAGAACUGGAGUCUUCAGCUGAGGCAGCAGUCCCUCCUGUCAGAGGAUGAGGAGUACACUACCGGGUCAGAGGUCACUGAGGAUGAAGUUGGGGAUGAAGAAGAGCCGCCCAAGAAGCAAGCUUCUAAAAAGGCCAAAAAGUCCCAGCGACUUCUGAAGAAACAGCUAUCUUCUCCAAACUUCCAACGUAAAGAAAGAACAGCAAAAUCCCAGAACCGGGAGAACUCACCUUUCACUGGAAACAUUCAGAAGAGUAAGUGGGACAGCUCUCGCUCCCUGCGCUACAACCAGGAUGCUCAAAGAGAAGAAGACCAGCGCCGUAUGGUGGAGAUCAAUGGCCACCUGACCAAGAUGAGGUUUGGAGACCACGAGGAGUGUAACUACAAAGACACUAAAGAGCCUGCAGGGGGGAUCUAUGCGAGCCUGGAAGCACAGUUUAAGGGCUCCUCUCAAGCCAAACAGAGUGCAGAGAAGGCACCCAGAUCUAAAAUCCGCUCUGCUCAGAUGAGAACAACCUCAAGUGCAUGAAGAGAUCCAUGUAGCUGUUCAGGAGAGCAGCUUUGGGCAAACUCUGAAAAUCACCGCAGAUCAAGUUGUAAUCUUCUGUUUUAAUCUGGCUGCAUGACCUAAUGUGGAGCUGUAGACUCGCUCCCUGUGUUCUCUGCUAAC